AUGACGGAACGGGAUCUGGCCGAUGCCAUCCAGAUCCUUCCCAACCGGCUCUACUGGGCAGCGCUCCACGCAGCGCCGCGCGCCAAUCCGAAGGUGCACUACUUCAGCAUUGAUCAAGAGUUCAUCUAUGAACCCUUUUUCGCUGACUUUGGUCCACUGAACUUGGGAAUGGUUUGGAGAUACUGCAAGGCGCUGGAGGCCAAGCUCGGAGACAGCAGUCUCGCUGACAAGCGGAUUGUCCACUAUUGCUCUCAUGAUCCCAAAAAGCGCGCCAACGCCGCCACGAUGAUCGGCGCCUUCCAGGUCAUUGUGCUGGGCAAGACAGCAGAUGAGGCGUACAAGCCAUUCCAAUCUGUCUACCCUCCCUUCCUGCCGUAUCGUGAUGCGACCUGCGGCAUUUGCACUUAUAGCCUGACUGUCUUGGAUUGCCUCAAGGGCCUUGAGAAGGCCAUCGAGUGUGGGUGGUUUGACUGGAAGCAUUUCGACGUGGAGUCCUACGAGUUCUUUGAGAAGGUGGAGAAUGGGGACAUGAAUUGGAUCAUUCCAGAUAAGUUCCUGGCCUUUGCUGGGCCAAGUCCUACUUCCACAGACGCAGAUGGGUUUCCAGCUUUCACACCAGAGGACUAUGUGCCCAUCUUUCGAGAUGCGGGCAUUGGCUUGGUCGUGCGGCUGAACAAGAAGCAGUAUGACCGACGGCGUUUUGUCGACCAUGGCCUCAAGCACGUGGAUCUCUAUUUCCUUGAUGGAAGCUGUCCGGACAGGGAGAUCAUUUCAAAAUUCCUCUACAUCGUGGAGAACGAGCCAAGUGCGGUGGCUGUUCACUGCAAGGCCGGCUUGGGGCGCACAGGCACCUUGAUAGGCCUCUAUGCCAUGAAACAUUUCCGCUGGCCGGCACGAGCCUGGAUCGGGUGGAACCGGAUAUGUCGGCCUGGCAGUAUCCUGGGGCCUCAACAACAGUUCCUGUGCGAUAUGCAGCAGGACAUGUGGCAGGCCGGCGAGGCUCUGCGCGGUCCCCCGGCAGCUCCCAAAGUGGCUGACAUAGAAAAGAAGAUGGGCGACCUGAGCGUUCGCGACCGUACACAGGCAGAGCGAGUGGAAGAUGUGGGCCAAGGCGAGAGGCUUGUCGGGGCAAAACGCUACGGCCAGAGUCCCACUGCUGCUGGCGCAGCCAUUAGCGUGAAUGGAGCUCCGAUGAUAGCUUUGCCUCGGAUGGCGGUCAACGGGAGCGGCGCCGCAGACCCACCGACUCCACUCAGCCCAUCGGCGAAGCCGGGGCAGCGAGGGGAGGAUGCCCAGCGGCCCGUGAUGGGCACGAUAAGGCGCACUCUCAAUGGCAUCUUCGGACACUGA